CUAAAAUCGAUGUAUAAAAAAUGGGUUGUUCAUGCUCCACCCACAAGAGAAAAAUUAAUAGAAAUGUUACUGUCGUUUACCCAAAAGAUGUCGUUGGAGACACAGAUAUGGACAGUCUCCUGCUAGAGCUAUGCUGUGGCAUGGAGCUGGAGAAGGUCAAGUCCAAGCGCCGCAGACUGUGCCGGACAUUCUACCUGGACCUGCCGAAGAUGAUCCUGUUCUACGAGCCGUCAAACAAGAAGAUACAGGACUCGGAAAUCAGUUUUUCCAAGCUUAAAGAAGUGAGAGAAGGGGAGCGAGACUAUUCAACGAAAUUUACUGAAGAUGAGAAACCCCAGUGUUUUGUGCUGAUUUACAAAUCUAACAAAGCCAUGUACCUAAAAGCGCCAGACAAAGAAAGCAGGGACAAGUGGGUACAAGCACUCAGAUUCAAGAUGGCAGAGAUGUCUGAUCAAAAUUUUAUUGCCUUAACUAAUAAUACAAACAUACGACAAGCCUUUAACAGGGCAGAUGUUAAUGGUGACGGCCAUCUUGAUUUUGAGGAAAUUGUGAAACUGCUGCACAUGUUGAAUGCCGAUAUAAAGAGGAAAUACGCCAGGGAAAUGUUUGAUGCAGCAGACAAAGACAAAACCCUGGACGAGCACAAGGCUAGCGUGCUGAACAGGGAGGAGUUUGUUGAGUUUUAUCAUCGUCUGACUCGAAGGGUGGAGAUCGAGGAGGUUUAUUUUGGGUAUUCUAUGGGUAAAAGUGAAAUGACAAUUCAAGAUUUUUUGAAGUUUCUUACAGAUGCUCAAAAGAUGGAGAAGGUGACUGAGAAACAGUGUCAGAAGAUAAUAGCAGAGUUUGAAGAAGCAGCUGAAUUUAAAAAGGAAAAAUAUAUUCGGUUGGAAGCCUUUAGAAAAUUUUUGACAUCUGAACCCCAGGAACUCUUCAACCCCGCCCACAGGGUUGUUUAUCAGGACAUGACCCGACCAAUGACAGAUUACUUUAUUAACUCAUCUCAUAACACUUACCUAGAAGGAGAUCAGUUGAAAGGGAACAGUUCAACAGAAAUGUAUAUUACUGUAUUAAAGAAGGGGUGCCGUUGUAUUGAAUUGGACUGCUGGGAUGGCCCACUGAAUGAACCAAUCAUCUAUCAUGGCUACACACUAACUACUAAAAUAUCAUUCAGCAGUGUCGUCAAAGCUAUAAAUGAUUAUGCUUUUAGCACUACACCGUACCCUUUAAUAUUAUCCCUUGAGAACCACUGCUGUUUAAAACAACAAAAAGUCAUGGCUGACAUCAUGACUUCCAUAUUUGGUGAUAAAUUGUGGUGCCCCCAGUCGGACUGGAUAAAGAUUCCUUCUCCUGAAGAGCUGCGCAACAAAAUCCUUAUAAAGGGAAAAAGAUUGCCUAUAGAGGUCAAUGACCCUGGUGAAGUUAGUGACGAGGAUGAGGCAGCAGAGUUAGAUAAAAAUGUUGCUGGUGUCACACUCAAGAAUAAACCCAGUGGCAAAAUGCAGCUGCACCCUGCAAUCAGCAGGCUCACUGCCUUGAACUGUGUCAACUUUGAAACUGCAGAGAGAUCCACAGAUAAAAAUUUUGUUGCUCUAAACUUAAGUGAAGUUAUGUUGGAUAAUAUAAUCAAGUCCAACCCACAAGUCCUGAAUAAAAUUUCUCACAACUGUUUGAUACGUGCAUACCCUGCAGCAUAUAGAACUGACUCCAGUAACUUUAACAUUGUGCCAUUUAUGAUUCAUGGUGUACACAUACUUGCAUUAAAUUAUCAGACGGGUAGUAAUCCGAUGUACGAUAACCAUGGCCUUUUUAUGGAUAACGGUGGAGCUGGAUAUGUCCUUAGGCCAGAUUAUCUGCUCUCAGAAGCCAAGUUUUUAACAGUUCUUCAAAGCUCAGAAAUUAAAAAAGUAUUAGUAAUAACAAUUAUAAGUGGCUUCCAGAUACCCAAACCAGAUGACAGCCUAAAGGGUGAAAUUAUUGACCCUUUUAUUCGAGUUCGAAUUGAAGGAGCAACGCUGGAUCUAGCAGAGUAUAAGACUAAAACUAUUUCAAAUAAUGGUUUCAACCCAAGAUGGUAUGAAACAUGUGUGUUUGGAUUGAGGGUUCCAGAAAUUGCACUAUUAAAGUUUACGGUGUUUGAUGAAGACGUGGAGAAGGACGAGUUUGUGGGUUACUUCUGUCUGCCAUACACCAGUAUCCGAGAAGGUUUUCGACAUUUCCCUCUAUUUGACAGAAAUGGUGUGAAGUUUAGUCAAACAUUAAUGUUUGUGCAUCUCAGUAUCUCAAAUCCACAAUCUUAAUUUGAUCACUUAGUUUUUAAUGGAAUAUAAACAGUAACAAAACAACAUGUACAAGCCAA